AUGAGAGAGCUCGACAAAGCCCACAAUCUUAAGGAAUGUUGGCUCUUCAUCCUCAGGUCGUGCUGCGACCUCGGGUCUUUUAUUAAAUCCGGCGAUUGGAAGCAAAUUAUUCAGAAAGCGACUCAGAAGAGGAUUUUGUCAUUGGACAACAUAUUUUCACUCAUUCCAGACGACAUGCAACUCGACGACCUCCAUAAAAAUUUUUCCACAUCUGUCGGCAAAUCAUCUGCAGAUUUUCGAAAAUCCGAGGAAACAAGGAAGAAAUUACUCGAGAGAAUGGCAGAGCAGAGACACAUCAUCACAGAAACAACGAUGUCGUCAAUCAUUGUCGAACCUGCAGACCAAAUUUGCGUAAUUUGCAACCAAAAGGUUUUAGAUCAGUCAUUUGAAGAUCCUCUUUAA